ACCUAAGGCAGGGUGUCAUAUUGUAAGCUACCACGUUCCCAGUUAUUUUAGUGUCCUUCGUCUCAGUCUUAUAAAGUCACAGGAACGUGUUGAUUUCGAAUCUUGGCUUUUCUCAUUUCAUAUCUCGUCUAUUCCAACAAUACGAUCCUAUAGUUAGCUACCUAAAGUAAACGUAGAUUCACGAUGAGUAAUUAGAGAGGGGAAAGAAAAAGAAAUAAAAAGAAGAAGAAGAAAAAGAAAAACUUACCUAGCUACACGUAUCCCUACCAUGAGCCUAUCCGAAACGGCUCCCAUCAUCCCGCUGCAUCCGCUCUCGGCAAUUCUGCCGUCGACAUCGUGGAAGCAGCUCAUCAUCCCCGGCGUCCUCCUAUACGUCGGAUUAUGUAGGGCGUUACGCCACCGCCGCGAACAUGCCUUGCGCCGGAAACUUGGGUACACCGACCGGGCAUCCUUUUCGCGCAUGACGGUCGUCGAAGCCCAGCAGGUCAUCAAGGUUAUGGCCGCGUGGGAGAUGCCGCUCUCGCACUUCCUGGCGCUGGAGUUUGGGCUCUUCAAAACGUAUGGUGUUGAGAGCAUAAGUCGUUUGCUGCUCGGCACGAGGAACCUGACGGAUCCGGCCAUGAGCCCCAAGAGGUUUGAAGAUACAGCAGCUCUGAUCGGCGAGUUCAUGAUAAACCCGCCAACAUCCGAGCGGGCUGUGCGAGGCCUAGCGCGGAUGAACUUCCUUCACAGCAAAUACGUGAAAGAAGGGACCAUCUCGAACGCCGACCUCCUGUAUACAUUGUCUGUGUUCAUAUUGGAGCCGCCACGCUUCGCGCGGCUGUACGAGUGGCGUCCGAUGAAUGAUAUGGAGUACUGCGCCUACGGCGUGUUCUGGAAGUCUGUGGGCGACGCGAUGGGCAUCGAGUAUAAAGGCCUCUUGGCGCACGCCGAGUCCGGAUGGCGAGACGGGACCGAGUUUGCGGAUGACGUUGCGGCCUGGGCUCAGGCUUACGAAGUCCAAGCUAUGAAGCCCAGUCCCGUAUGCGCCAAACCCGCUCGAGCGCUGAUACCUAUGAUAACGUAUUGGGUCCCUUGGUUCGCGAAAUCGUUUGUGGGCGAUAUCGCCAUCAGUCUUCUAGGCGACAGGGAGCGCGAGGCUUUUAUGUUACCUGAGCCCGACAUCGCGGCCGUCGCGACCGCGUACGCUCUCCUCGCGGUUCGGCGAUUCGUCUUGCGAUACCUCACCCUGCCGCGCUUCUUUGAGCUCAAACGGCUGCGCGAUCCCGACCCGAAGACGGGCCGCAUCACCCAGCGGAUCCCUUACGGAAACUAUCCCUUCUACAUCAGACCAACGCUCUGGAAUCGCUGGGGGCCAAUCGCCUGGGCUAAGUGGCUAUGCGGCGGCAAGGUGCCCGGGGACGACCCUGAAGAAUACAUGUCCCAAGGAUAUCUAUUCACGGAUAUAGGCCCUAAAAAUCGCAUGGGGUUGGGGGCUGAGGAAAUGGAAAGCGAUGUUGAAAGGAUCAAGGCCAGCUCGUGGGCAGAAUGCCCUUUUUAGGGGAUUGGAUUAACAGGUAGUUAGAGUAUCUAGCUAUGAGUUUGGAAAUGGGUCACAGCAUCUUUGUUCAAGCUUCACAACAUACGUGUAUCAUAUAAAGUGUCGGGAUAGAAGCGCCGACUGUGUGAUCUAACUACCUGUAUCUACCUAUAGGUUAGGUACCUCCUACAUAACCAUGUGUAUGACAGCAAAAGAGGUAUAGACUUUGUAGUAUAUAGGAUAUGUCUGGUCAAGACGGUUUCUUCGUAUUUGAAGAUCGGAUUUCUGGAUUAAGAAGUCUAUACGGUUUAAAUCGCAUCAAAACAAGCCAUUACUAGUGCUGUUUACGUAUACUCGACGUCGCAC